AUCGGAAGGGUCUAUGAAACUGGUUCUAUAGCUGUAAACAAAUUGCUGCUGACUUGCAUUUCACAAAAAGGAAACUGUAGCCACAAACCUGCUUUAUUUCAGGCUGCAUGAAGCAGAAUGAUCACUAGAGGAAUGGGUCCAUACACGCUGCGUUGUCUACAAUGGCAUCAGUAAGGAGCCGUUUUAUCUGCACUGUGUGGGUGCAUCUGUGCUUUCUUUCAGCCAUGAAUACACAGAAUUGCAGUGAAUUCAAUCAGACGGAGACCAUCAGAGACCAUCAGAUCUAUCAGAUCUAUCAGAGAAUGUCAACCAACAUCAGCUGCAAUUACAGAAAAAACAGAAGUCAAUAUCUUAUAGCAUCUUUGAGAACAAAACAAAAACUGUGUGAAUACUUCAAUGUAAAUGGAUCCUGGACUAAACGAUUCUGUCACAAAAACAUCACAUUGAUAUGGAUUCCAGAAACAGAGGAAAUAUCAUUUCAUCUCAUACAUCUUCAGAUAAAUAAUUCAGGCAUUUACACAUGUACUGUGGAAGAACAGAUACCACCACCUACAAAGUGUUUGGGAAAGACGAGCAUAUACAUUCAUGUAAAAGCAACUCCAUCCGUAAAUGUAUCAUGUGUGAAAAGGCCUGACAGAGCUCCCACGGUACUUUGCAUUUCUCAGGGCUUUUAUCCUGAUGAUCUGAAGCAAGCCUGGCUCAGAGAUGGAGAAUAUAUCACUUACCUGAACACUUCACAUAAACCUCUAUACAAGGAAAACUUGAACUUCUCUGAAGUUAGCUGGAACUACAGCAAAAACACAGAUGGGUCUUACAGCCUCACAUCGUACCUUCACCUGUCUUCAAACAUAACAGUGGACUCCUGUUGGGUGAAUCACUCAACCCUGAGCCAACCCAUCAUUGUUAAUGUAUCCUCCACUGUGUGUACUGAAAGAGAAGAUAGAUUAAUUGAUGCGUUGUCAUCAGUCACAGGAAUCAGCUGUGGUGUGAUCGCUGGCAUUGGGCUGAUAACUGCAGGAUGUUAUCAAUGUUUCAGAAGAAGAACUUAUUUACUGUCUUCAGUAGAACCAUCUCCAUUGCCUGAGACGGUGUCCCAUUCUACACUGGGGCGACUGGAGAACCAUCAGCCUGGUCCACAGGUGCAUUCAACACCGGGGAACCGUCGGCUUGGUCCACGGGUGUAUUCAGUACUGAGGAAUCCUCAGCCUGAUCUACAGGUGUACUCAACACUGGGGAACCAUCAGCCUGUUCCAUGCAGGAACAACAGCAAUGACUCCACAUCUCCCUCUCUAUGAGGUGGAUCGGGAUUUAUAUGGAGGCUAGGAGAUCUGCACACAAAAUGUGUCAUGCAAAAAAACACAAGGAUGUUGCUCACAACAUCUGGAAACAGCAGAUUAUGAAAGGACAAAUUCCUUUUAAACUUUUUUGGAUUUAUUGGGGUGUGUGUGUGUGUGUGUGUGGCCGGCAAGGGCCUUUCUGUGUGGAGUUUGCAUGUUCUCCCCGUGUCUGCGUGGGUUUCCUCCGGGUGCUCCGGUUUCCCCCACAGUCCAAAGACAUGCAGGUUAAGCUAAUUGGUGGCUCUAAAUUGACCGUAAGUGUGAAUGUGAGUGUGAAUGGUUGUCUCUGUGUCAGCCCUGCAAUGACCUGGCAACUUGUUCAGGGUGUACCCCGCCUCUCGCCCAUAGUCAGCUGGGAUAGGCUCUAGCUUGUCUGCGACCCUGUAGAACAGGAUAAGUGGCUACAGAUAAUGGAUGGAUGGAUGGAUGGAUGAAUGGUGUGUGUGUGUGUUUAGAUCAUUAUUAAAUUAAUAAAAAAAACAAUGGAACGGUGAUUUUUUCAGGUGUGACACAAGUCAAUAAAAGGGUAUAGUGUGCUCACUGGUUAUUAGAGCACUUAGUCUUAACAUAGUGCCUAUUGUAUUUCUUUUGUCCCUUCUGUGGUAUAGUUUAGAUAAUCAUGAGCUCAUCCUAUGUUUGAAACAGCCUAUGUUUAAUUAUUAAAAAGUUAUUUACCAAAUUACCAGAGGAUCACUACCUCACAUGGCCUUUUUAAAAUCAGAGACAGACUGCGGCAGUGUGGUGCUGGAGUGGUUAGCACUGUUGCCUCACAGCGAGAAGGUUCCAUGUUUGAACCUUAUGGCCGACAGGGGCCUUUCUGUGUGGAGUUUUCAUGUUCUCUCCGUAUCUGUGUGGGUUUCCUCUGGAUUUCCUCCACAGUCCAAAGACAUGCAGUUAGGUCAACUGGCUACUGUAAAUUGCUCAUAGAUGUGAAUGGUUGGGUGGGAACUGCUCUACAUCCUUGACGUCCACCCUGGGUAGCUCUCCUGAGCUUACUAACAAAUCUGCAGUAAACAAACAACUACAGGUGACAUAUGAGAAGAAGAGAGGGCCAGACUCAUUCCUCUAACUACGGUUACUGAAUAAUUCAUAGUACAGUGUCUUGCAAAAGUAUUCAUCCCCCUUGAUGU